AUGACAACAUCAACUGCUCCAUAUUCAAUAGAUCGAUCUAAAGGAUUAGAAUAUAGACUAAGUUUUCGUUCGGUAGCAGGUGAAGAUUUUGUCAUCAGAGAUCAAUCACUGGCACAGAGAGCAAUGAACAUGUCAUCAAAUUUCAUAUAA